CUGCUGGCGUGCUGCUAAAGAGUUGGGGUCUAUUUUAAAACAGGAAUGUAGUCGGAGCCAGAGGCCUCAUGGAAAGAGAGCCAUAACAACAAACGGUUUCUCACCAAACAGCACCUCCUCCCCAACUUACACAGAGCCGCCAGCAGGAGGAACAGAUAAGGGCCGAGUUAAAAGACAGAGAAAUAAAAAUAAAAUGCUCAGUCUUUACGUUUCAGGGGGAAUUCUGGCCAGUAGCAACAGUUGCCUGCAGUAAAUCAGGGUGAAGGACAAGAAGACGGAGUCAAGGUAUGGAGCGAUGGAAGGUGUGCCAAGCACAGAAUGGACCGCAAACCAAAGCCACUCCUGGAGGUGUUCCACUACAAGGACAAGGAGCAGCCGUCCCUCCUCUCGACACAGCUGAACCGCCUGAGGAAGGAGCGGGUCCUCACUGAUGUGCUCCUCUGCUCUGACAACACGGAGGUCGCCUGCCAUCGCAACGUCUUGGCCUCCAGCAGUCCAUACUUCACAGCCAUGUUCUGCCACAACUUCAGGGAGAGCCAGCAGCAGAAGGUCAGGCUGAAGGGCAUCUCCUCCGGCAUCCUGAGCGGCAUCGUGGACUAUGUCUACACAGGGUCCGUUGUCAUCACCAUGGACACAGUCCUCCCUAUGAUGCAGGCAGCCUCCAUGUUUCAGUACACCAGGCUGUUCGAGGCGUGUUCCCACUUCCUACAGGAGCAACUGAGCCCGGAGAACUGCCUCAGCAUGAUUCGCCUGUCAGAUAUUUUACAAUGUGGCAGCCUCAAGGAGAAGGCCAGGGAGAUGGCAGUUCGAAACUUCUCUGACGUCUCCAACUCAGAGGACCUGUGUGAAAUGUCCCUGCCGGAGCUAAUGAACUACCUGGAAGAUGACCGGCUGUGCGCAGAGGAGGAGCAGGUGUUUGAGACAUUACUGGCUUGGAUCCACCACGACCCGUUCUCCAGACGUGGCGCCAUCUCUGACCUCUUCAAGAAGGUCCGUCUACGCUACAUCCACCCCACCUACCUGUUCCAGUUCAUCGCAAGCGACCCCCUCAUCCAGUCCUCCAACCUCUGCACCGAGAUCAUCGAGUCCGUCCGCCGCCUCAUGUUCUCCGUCAGCACAAGGUGCGGGUCGGACCUCAAGCCCCUGUGGGCAGCCCCGCGGCGCUACACCUGCCAGGAAACCCUGGUGCUGGUCGGGGGCCGGAAGAACAAUGAGCAGACCUCCAGGGAGGCGCUGCUCUUCGACGAGCAGACCCAGCGCUGGCAGUGGCUGGCAAAGCUGCCCCUGCGGCUCUACAAGGCCUCGUACGUGUGCAUCCACAGCGUACUGUAUGUCCUGGGAGGUCUCACCAUGAACACCGAGCGCAGCGUGGUCAGCACCGCCGUGUACACCCUCUCCCUGAAGACAAACCAGUGGAGGACGGCCGAACCCAUGAUCCAGGCCCGCUUUGCCCACCAGAGUGUCGCAUACCUGCACUACAUAUUUGUCCUGGGGGGUCUGGGGCUGGAGAUGCAGCUGUGUGACACGGUGGAGCGCUAUAGCAGCAUGUUCAACCAGUGGGAGGUCAUGGCCCCAAUGCCUACCGCAGUUCUGCAUCCAGCAGUUGCCACCAACGACCAAAGAAUCUACCUAUUCGGUGGAGAGGAUGCAAUGCAGAACCCUGUCAGGAUAAUACAGGUGUAUCACAUUGGCAGAAAUCUGUGGUCCAAGAUGGAGAGCAGGACAGUGAAGAACGUUUCUGCUCCAGCAGCCGUCAUAGACAACAAGAUCUACAUUGUUGGAGGAUACACUAGGAGAAUGAUAGCCUACGACACCAAAGCCAACCGGUUCCUAAAGUGCAAGAACAUGAAGGAGCGGAGAAUGCACCACGCCGCCACGGUUCUCGGCGACAAACUGUACGUGACCGGAGGACGCUUCAUCAACGGCCACGACAUCAUCGAGGACUCGGACAGCUUUGAGUGCUAUGACCCAAAGACAGACAUGUGGACUUCUAAAGGAACGCUGCCAUACAAACUGUUUGACCAUGGUUCUCUCUCCAUGGUAUGCAUCUCCAACAAACCCAACCUUCCUUGAGUGUUUAGUUUGGACUCUUACACUCUCAAAAAAGGAAAACAAGUUGCAACCUAAAAGGGUUUGGCGGCUGUCCUCCAAUAGGGGAAAACAUCCAGGUAGAACCUGGCUGUGGUUUAAGCAGCAUUUCCUCUUCCUGGGACAUGCAAACAACACACAGUGGGUGUCCCUUGACCUUAACUGACCAGGUGACCUUUCAAGAAAUCUGAAUAUUUUUCACCCUUACAUUCUACUCCAUUAACAUUCUAAAAAAGAAUCCACAAUUGGAAAAGAUGUUUUCAGCAGCAUGUCAUAGGAAACUUUACCCGUGUCAUAUGGAAGUGCAGGUCACAUGGUCUGACAAGGAAAGCUCCUGUCCCCAAAACAUUAUUGUACAAUGAUAAACCUAGAAUAGACAUAACAUGUGAGACAGUAGCGCUGUUGCUAGGUUAACUCUCAUCACAAACAGAUACACUGUGAUUCGUUGUAUGUUGUUUUUGGAGACCUUAAAGGGGAAGUUCGCCAUUUUUACUAAUGUCGAUUUUUUUAAUGUUAAAAGCAUAAUUUAAAUAUGUUUUAUAUUUAAAUUACACUAUUAUGUAGUGCAGAGAUUAAUAUAUUGUUAAUAUAUUAUGAUAUUAGUUUGAAGUGUUUUAUAGUCAAUAUCAAGCUGAUGAUUCAGAAAAAUCUCUAUAUUACAAAAAAAUAUACAAUCAAAACAAUAUUAAAAUAAAAAUUGGUGAACAUGUAUGUAUGUAUGUAUGUAUUGGUGAACAUCCCCUUUAUCACAUUACAUUAACUAAAAUCAUUCCUCUAAGGUGAUGCUUACCUUUUACUGAGUAUUUAUAACCAACUUACUGCUUCAACUAGAAUAUAUAAAAAGUAAAUACAAAUGUGUGAAAUAGUAUUAAUAGCAAGCAAGAAAGUUUAUUUAUGUAGCACAAUUCAUACAUAGAAGCAAUUCAAUGUGCUUCACAAAGAAAAUAAAAAUAUACAAAUACAAUAGAAU